GUCCCUCUCCUCUCUACCCCCUGCGUCCCUCUCCUCUCUUCCCCCUGCGCUUGCAAUGGCCGACGGCGGCGAAACCACCUCCGGGGUGGUGAUGUUGGGAGGCAAGGGUUCCUCCCUCACUCCGUCCUCGUUAUACGCAGUAUCUGCCGGUAGUGCGCGUGUGCGCGUGGACUCGUCGGCGCGCGAUCGCCUCGCUUCUUCAUCGGGCGAUCUGAUUUCUCCCACCGCCGGUUUCCAUUUCUCCUUCCCUGGUUACUUUACCGAUGUGGAAACGCGCGCUUAUCUUACGGUGCUUCUCAACAAGCUCCUCCUUUCGGGUUGUUCAGGUACGCGGACGGCACUCGUUGACGUAAUUUUGGAUUCCUUAAGUUCUGUCCCCUGCAAGGAUUUUGGGCAUCUCGCCGUCACGGACGAAGAAGUUUGCAUAUUAGGGAAAGCGCAUUCCCAUCUAUAUGGAACUUGCGCGCUUUUGGACCACAUGUCGACGGCCUUGUCCACCAUGGUCGAUGUGGUCGCUGCAUUGUCGUGUGAGGCCAACAAAGCUGAUGUGGCGGUCUUCAAUCUAAUGGACUCGGGCGAUGGGUUUGUCUCGAAGGAUGAGAUCGGAGUGGCGAGCGAUUUUCGAGUUCUACUUAAUGGGUCUAAGUUGGUGGGUGAGGUGGAGAGCGGGGCGAUUUCGUCCAUUCCCAAAGUUCAUGCAUCAUUGAGAAGGGUGGUGAAAUCAGUACAUUCGGAGGUGCGAGUGUACCUUAAUUCGUUAGUUAGAAUACAGAAAGUUGGGUCUACUGCUGAUGGCGCAGCAGAUGACGUUGUGGAUGUGUUGUUUCCGCUGGCUCGUGUGCUGCUGAGGAUCGGUAAGAGCUCUUUAUGCCGAGCGAAGAUGAAUUUAGAUUCAAUUGCUGCUGAUGACCUGAAAAGCAGCUUAACAGGUAUGUUUGAGAAGGACUGUAUAGGUAUGGAUGAUUUGGAGAAUGAGAAGAAGGCUCUCAAUGAUGCAGAUAUUGAUGGAGAUUUUGAGAAUUUUGUGCACGAAUUGUAUGUGCUUUGUGGUUUUGUCUGGAAAGUAGUUGUUUGGGAGGCAAUUACUGCAUUUGUUGCUCUUGAGGGAAGUGAAUUGAGCGAAAAGGGAAAGGAUGAAGAAAUUAAUGGGGUGCAAGCAGAUGGGAAAAGUGAGAAGAAGAAGAAGAAGAAGAAGAAGAAGGUGUUGGGGAGAGGUUCAACUGUUGUGGUGCAAUUGAUUAAGGAUAGAUUUCAAAUGAACGGAGCAACUGACGGUGAUAAUUCAGUUUCACUAGAGAAACUUGUAAAAGAUAUAUUACUGUUCCUGGACACGAGGGGUACAGAUUUUGAGCAUUUCUUGAACAAAGUGAAGGACAUUGUGGAAAGUAAUGAGAGUAGAAGGCUACCGAAGCUUGCCAAGGGAACUCGUGAUUUUGGGGCAGAACAAAUGGCAGUAAGAAAGAAAGCAUUCUCCAUUGUAACAGGGGUUUUCGCGAAGCAUGGCGCCACAUCACUUGAUACUCCUGUUUUUGAAUUGAGAGAGACUCUGAUGGGGAAAUACGGCGAGGACUCAAAGUUGAUAUAUGAUCUUGCUGACCAGGGUGGAGAGCUUUGUUCUCUACGAUACGACUUGACUGUCCCAUUUGCGAGACAUAUGGCCAUGAAUGGACUUACGUCAUUGAAGAGAGACCACAUUGCCAAAGUAUACCGGAGGGAUAAUCCUGCUAAGGGUAGAUACCGAGAGUUUUACCAGUGUGAUUUUGACGUAGCUGGGCCAAGUGUAAGGAUGGGGCCAGAUUAUGAGGUCAUAGAAAUUCUUACAGAGUUGCUUGAUAAACUGAAUCUUGGAGAUUAUGAGAUAAAGCUGAACCACCGGAAGUUAUUGGACGGUAUGCUGGAAAUAUGUGGCGUGCCAUCAGAGAAAUUCAGAACUAUUUGCUCUAGUAUUGACAAGUUAGACAAACAGUCAUUUGAGCAGAUCAGGAUGGAGAUGGUGGAGGAAAAAGGUUUAACUGCUGAGAUGGCAGACCACAUUGGCAGUUUUGUAAAGGAAAGGGGUUCACCCAUGGAAUUGUUGUCAAAGCUUCGACAGAAGGGGAGCAAAUUCUUGGAAAAUGAAGGAUCUGUGAAUGCCCUGAAUGACUUGGAGAUAUUGUUCAAUGCCUUGGAAAAGUCACAGUGUAUCGACAAAGUUGUUUUUGACUUGAGUCUUGCCAGAGGUCUCGAUUAUUAUACAGGGGUGAUAUUUGAAGCAGUUUUUAAGGGGGAGACACAGGUUGGGACAAUUGCUGCUGGGGGGCGCUAUGACAACCUUGUAGGAAUGUUUGGUACAAAGCAGGUUCCGGCGGUUGGUGUUAGUCUGGGAAUUGAACGAGUAUUGGCAAUAAUGGAACAGCUUCAGAAAGAUCAGAAUCAGAAAAUUCGAGCAACGGAGACGCAAGUUUUGGUCGGAUUUUUGGGGGAUGACUUGCCUUUAACGGCACAGCUGGUGAAGGAGCUCUGGGAUGCUGAUGUGAAAGCAGAAUUCAUGGUCCAUAAAAGAAUGGAUAAGCACAUUGGUUACGUCAAAGAGAACCAGAUCCCCUGGCUGGUGCUAGUAGGGGAACGGGAAUUGAGUGAAGGUGUGGUAAAGUUGAAGAAUAUGGAGAAUGGCAAAGAGGAAGCAGUUCCUAGAAGCGCCAUGGUUCAAGAACUUCUCAACCGUUUGAAGGGUUGAGAACUUCAAUUACAUUACUACUUCUAUACUGUUCAUCCAUUUUGACCACUAGUGCUUCUAUUCUACUCCUUUACUGUUCAUCCUUUUUUUAACAUUACCGGCAAGCACUAGUAGUUUUCUUUCAUGCUUAUGAUGCCGGUUGUCAGAUACUGCUUCUGGCAACAAGGUUGAAACAAUAGAAAUUAACAUUUCAU